ACGGGAGCGCGCGCCUGUUGAUCAGCUCCACUGGUGUCUGCCGCGUGCUCGACCUGCUGCCUGUCUCCAUAGCGACGGGACCCCGGAAAUACACAGUAACCUGGCGGCGGUGAUCAGCUUACUACACGUUUAUCUGCCGCCGUGUUCCUCACACUGUCUGUUUGUUUGUUUGUUUACUCGCUGUUGAACAGUAAACAUGUCGGAGCCUGAGGAGGAGCUGCAGAGAGACAGCACGAAAAAGAAGAAGAAAGAAAAAAAGAGCGGGAAGAAGAAGAAGAAGGAGGAGAAGCGGGAGGUGGAGGAGGAGCAGCAGGUAGAGGAGGAAGAGGAGCACAGUGAGUGUGUUCUGCUGCGCGGGAUAUUCAGACUGGAGAAGAAGAGUCAUGACGUCCUGCUCACCCGAACCAGACUGACGUGGACCCCCAUCGUCCCAGAGAACCCCACAGGUGAGGCGUGCGUGCUGCACACCGGUGUGAUGCUGCUGCAGGACGUGUUUGCAGUGAAGAUCAAGCGGCGGAGAUCAGUGGGCCAGGAGUCGGGAGGAGCCGUGCUCGGCAUCGCUCUGUUCUGCUGCAGGAGGAGAGGAAAGAGGCUGGAAGAGGACACGCUGCAACUCCACAACGCCUCCGCAGAACACACAAACGCCUGGUACAACAUUCUGAAGGAGCUCCUCACAGGGUUCAGCAGUCGUCCCAAGUAUGUAAAGGUGUUCAUUAACCCGAGCAGCCACAAGAAGGAAGCAGUUCACAUCUACAGAGAACAUGUGGCGCCACUGUUCAAGAUGGCUGAGGUCCGCACGGACAUCACAGUGACAGAGAGGAAGGGUCAUGCUCUCUCAGUGAUGAAGGAAUGCAAGCUGGAUGAAUAUGAUGGGGUGGUGUGUGUUGGUGGCGAUGGUUCGGUGGCGGAGCUGUGCCAUGCGAUAGUCUUCAGAGCUCAGCUGGAUGCUGAUUCUCCAGAGAAACCAGUGAAACCAGCACUGCCCCUUGGAAUCAUUCCUGCUGGUUCUACAGAUGUGGUCUCGUGUUCUGUUCAUGGAGUCAGAGAUCCAGUCACUGCAGCCCUGCACAUCGUCCUCGGUCACCUGCAGCAGGUGGACAUGUGCAGCUUCUCGUCUCUCGGUCAGUUGGUGCGUUUUGGCUUCUCCGCCAUGUUCGGCUUCGGCGGGCGGAGCUUAGCACGGGCAGAGAAGAAGAGGUGGAUGCCGUCAUCGCGGCGACGAGAGUAUGCUCUGGUUAAGACACUGGCUAGGCUGAGACCAGAGGACUGUCAGCUGUCCUUUCUACCAGCAAAGAAGUCAAACAGGAAUUUGUUUGAACAUGGGGACCAGGACCCGGACCCAGAGUCAGAAGGGGAGGAGUCCUGGACAACCAAUCAGGGCCUGUAUCUGAGCAUCAGCAUCAUGUCCAUCCCCUGUCUGAGUCCACACACACCUCAAGGGCUGGCUCCCAACACCAGCUUGGCAAACGGCAGCGCUGCGUUGAUUGCAGUUGGGAACACGUCACGGUCAGAGUUCAUCAAACACCUGAAGAGGUACAGCGGCACCAGUGGACAGUUCAGCUUCCCCUUCGUGGAGACGCACGCUGUGUCAGCGGUCAGGAUCCGGCACCGGUCGCUGAUUGGCUGUUCUGAGGAUGAGAGCGAGGAAGAGGGCGACUCCAAAACCUCACCCAUCAUCCAAUCAGAGGGAGCCUCCUUCCCCUGGAACAUCGACGGGGAGCUGGUGGAGAUCGCCAACGAAGUGCUCGUCAAGGUCCAUCCACGGCUCAUCACUCUGUAUGGGGAGGAGGUGGACGAGGCCGAGUCGACCGCCUCCUGCAGCUGCAUCUAAGUCCGGCUGAGGGCGCUGCUGUGCAAGACACAUCGCCACAUCGUAGUAAUCACAGAGGGUGGACAGCGCCCUCUGUAGGUCGUUGCUGUUUCCUCGGCCACUUGAUUUAACGUAGAAGUAAAAGUAGCAACAGAUCUUUGCAGCUUCCUGUUCGUUACAUCAUUCAUUUAUAUAUAUUUCGCUGCAGCUUUAACUCCAAACUGCCUGUGCUUUAUGAGGAUACAGAUGUUUUAUAUUCACAUGAAUGUUUACAUUUUAUUCUAUUUGAAUUAUCAGCUCUCCUCGGAUGCUUUCAUUUGUGUUGCCUGUUUUUUUUUUGUUUUUUUUAUUACAAUUUUUGUUAUGUCUUGUCCUGUGUGGCUCUGCAGCAGAGAGCAAAGCUGCAUCUGAAUUUAGUUUCAAACUGCACUGUGAAGAAAAGGCAUUUUUUGUUCUGUGUGCUGUGUUCCUGUGUUCCAUUCUGUGCAGAGGAUAAAAAGCAGAAGCAGAAACUAAAAGUUUUGGAUUUAAUCAUGACAGAGCAGUUUUUACUGAAUCCUCCUGUUUUUAUUUGGAAGCUUUUUUCAUUGAGAUUUUUUGGACGGAAACAAAAACAAGAAGGAGCAGUUUAAAUAGAAAAUCCUUCAUUUUAAUGGAAACGUGUUGAUAAAAGCAGUGAGACUCUCCAGUGCAGAACAACUUCACAUAAAAAAAAAAAUCUACAAACUCAUUCAUUAAAAUCUUGAAAAAUCUUUCUGUGUCGUGUGCAUUUUUUUUUACUAAAUACAUAAAGGGAGGGGAGAAGCCACUGUUUGAAACAGUCAAACAAUGCUUUGGAAUAUUUAAAUACUGUAAAACUUUUUAUCUUUGAAUGCUGCUUUUCAAGUAAUCAUUCAACCUGUGUGUCUCAAUCUGUCACCCAACAACAUCUCGUCCUCUGAGGUCCAGUCCACCUCUGAAGUCUCCCUGGGUUCUGUUGAACCAGGUGACAUCAGCUCCAGUGAACCUCUCACCUCUACAGUCUGUACAGCAUCUUUGAAACACGCUCUGUAAAUGAAAUGUGUUAUUAUUGCAUUCACGCGGGCAUGAUCGGAAAUAUGUCACUCAGUGAAAACAGUGAAAAGCAUUCAGGCUUGACUGGAUGUCACAUGAUAUUUGUUCAGAACAGUGGAGCAGAAGGGUUUUUUUCUUCUUUAAGGUGGCCAUGGCUG